AUGGCUGAGAGCUUGGGACUGGUAGGCUUACAAUAUAAUAUCGGACUGGCGGUCUUCUACACCUCGUAUAUCGCUUCUGAACUUCCUUCUAAUUAUCUACUGAAGCGAGUGGGCGCAAAGCUAUGGCUUCCGUUCUUGGUUGCGAGUUGGGGCGUUAUCACUAUCCUCAUGGCGUUUAUGAAAAAUUAUUCGUCCCUCAUUGCUUGUCGGUUUUUCUUAGGCUUGUUUGAAGGUGGGCUCUUGCCUGGAAUGGUGAUGUAUCUCUCAACUAUGUAUAAACGAAAUGAACUUCAGCUUCGAGUAGGAGUGUUCUUUGCAUUUGCAUCUCUUAGUGGGGCUUUCGGAGGUCUCUUAGCUUACGGAAUCGAACGGAUGGACGGGGUUCGCGGUCUCAAAGGGUGGCAAUGGAUAUUUAUUUGGGAAGGCAUUGGCACCGUCUUGGUCGCGAUAUUUGCAGUUUAUUAUAUGCCCAAAGAUCUCGCCACUGCUUCCUUCCUCACUCCAGAAGAACGUCACUUUGCGGUCAAAAGAUUAGAUUAUCAUUGGAAGACUCCAACAAACAGCUUCGAUCAAAAAGGCAUUGUGCAUCAAACUGAUUCAAAUCUCCAAUCGGAUAGUCCGGAGUACGCGACAGAUUCUCAAGAGAAAAGAAAGUCAGAGGAAGAUAAGAUGGACGAGAAUAAGAAACAUCAGUCGAUCGACGAAGAGUUUGAAAUGUAUGAAGUGAUUCGAGGUUUUAAGGAACCUCAAGUUUGGAUCACGGGAAUUGGUUACUUAGGCAUAUUGGUUUGUCUAUACUCUUUCGCCUUGUUCUUACCUACCAUCGUAUUGGGCAUGGGAUAUUCAGGCCUGAAUGCUCAACUCUUCUCUUCCUUCCCAUACCUACCGGCAUCUGUAUUGGUGGUGAUCGUAGCCUUCAUAGGUGAUCGGUUACAAUCUAGAGCUCCUGUCAUCCUAUUUCUGACUCCCAUCGCGAUGUUAGGAUAUAUUAUCUGUAUCACCAUAGAUUCCAAUCAUGCGCGAUAUGCGGGUGUUUUUUUGAUGGCUGCGGGUAUAUAUCCUUCUGUACCUUCCGUUCUUUGCAUCCUUCCCAACAAUGUAGCAGGGAUGACUAAAAGGAGCACAGUCACAGCAUUACACUUGAUGAUCUCAAACUGUGGAGGAUUUGUAGCCACAUUCAUUUAUACACAUGAACAAGCACCAAAGUAUAAAAAAGGACAUUCGAUUGCCUUGGGAUUUAUGGUACUUGCUUGGGUUAUGUUCUUUGUGAAUUCGAUUUAUUGUUGGACAGAAAAUCAAGCUAGAUCUCAACAUAAAAGGGAUCAUAAUUUGGCUAAAUAUGAUCAAUUAGUUAAAGAUGGUAAGACUAAAGCGCCUAUUGGUGAUCGAGAUCCUGGUUUCAGAUUUACGAUUUAG